CUUGUCUUUUGCUAAAGCUAUAAGAUAACCCAUUCUUUGACUAGCUGGUAACUUAUGCUAAGAGUCAUAUUCCAGGACAAACUGCUUCAUUUCACAUUGUUUGUCACACCAUCUCCUGUUUCCAAAAUGCCUCGCAUUGAGAAUGACAUUAAGCUGGACUUCAAGGAUGUGCUCCUCCGUCCAAAGCGAAGCACACUCAAGUCUCGGAGUGAGGUGGACCUGAUGAGGAGUUUCACCUUCAGGAACUCUAAAGGCAGCUACAGAGGGAUCCCCAUCAUCGCUGCUAACAUGGACACUGUGGGGACCUUUGAGAUGGCCCUGGCCUUGCACCAGUUCACUCUCUUCACCACGAUUCAUAAACAUUACUCUAUUGAUGACUGGGUGGAGUUUGCAGCAAAGCAUCCCGAAUGCCUGCAGAGUUUAGCAGUCAGCACAGGGACCGGUGAAAAUGACUUUGAGAGGAUUUCAGCCAUCGUGGAGGCGGUGCCACAGCUGCAAUACAUCUGUGUCGACGUGGCAAACGGCUACUCUGAACACUUUGUCCACUUUGUCAAAGACGUCAGGCAGAAGUUCCCCUCACACACUAUAAUGGCAGGAAAUGUGGUGACUGGAGAGAUGGUGGAAGAGCUCAUCCUGGCUGGCGCUGACAUCAUCAAAGUAGGCAUCGGACCAGGCUCUGUGUGCACCACCCGCAAGAAGACAGGGGUGGGGUACCCCCAGCUUAGCGCUGUGAUUGAGUGUGCAGAUGCAGCCCAUGGACUGGGCGGCCACAUCAUCUCUGAUGGGGGAUGUACUUGCCCAGGGGAUGUCUCAAAGGCUUUUGGUGCUGGAGCAGACUUCGUGAUGCUGGGUGGUAUGCUGGCAGGUCACUCAGAGAGUGGGGGCGAGAUCAUUGAGAAAAACGGCAAGAAAUACAAGCUGUUCUAUGGAAUGAGCUCCGACACAGCGAUGAAGAAACAUGCAGGCGGUGUGGCUGAGUACAGAGCAUCAGAGGGGAAGACAGUUGAAGUUCCUUACAAAGGUCCGGUGGACGUGACAAUACGAGACGUCCUGGGCGGGGUCCGCUCCACCUGCACCUAUGUUGGGGCAGCAAAGCUGAAGGAGCUGAGCCGCAGGACCACCUUCAUCAGGGUCACCCAGCAGCUCAACACUGUCUUUGGCAAUGACAGCUGAAUGUGCUGAUCCUGCUUCAGAUCGAAGGAUAAGUCUGCAUCACUGCCUGUCUGACUCCCUACAAGCUGUUUGUGCAUUAACCAUGUGUACACACAAGUGAACAGACGUAUAUAUUAAUACUUAAAUACUGUCCUUUUUAUCCUUAUUUUUAACACGAGGAGACAUUUUCUUCAAGUUGUAAUUUCAAUGCAAUUGUAGUAUAUUAAGCACACAGACUCCGAGUCGCUUUACGCUCUGAAUGUUAAUUUUUUCUUACAAUUCCCAGAGUGUUUCAGGUCUCAGUGUCUCUACACAGUAAGAUCUAAACUGCAGCAGUAACUCUUCAGCUCCCUGCGUGUCUGCUGUCUCAUCAUUCCAAUGCAAGGUCCUUAGUUGUUCUUUUUACAUGUAUGCACAUAAGUGUCUGUCUAUAAACAGUAUCUACAACAUGUCUCUGCUCUGUGCUGAGAUACUGUCUUUGUCACCCACAUAUAAAACUAUAGCAAAUUAUUUAGAAAGCCUAAAUAGGUAUGUGAUUGCUGUGGCUAAUUGGGAAACUAAACUGUUUUUAAAAAUGCAAUCAUUCCCUCACUCGUGAUGUUUUGCACUUUAAUGAUUUGAGAGCCUAAUAUUUAGUUUCUGUUAUUGUCUCAUGGAAAUGUUUUGACACUAUUUCACCUACUGCUGCAUAUGUAUCUUGCAUAAUUAAAUUUUUUUUAAUAGCAGGUGAAUUAGAUUUAGGAGAAUUUCUAUAUGAACCGGUGGACGCUGAAUGCGAGUACAGUAUGAGGGCGCGUGCAGUAUGUAGUAAUUGAAGACUAAAUUCAUAGCAGAAGUGUUAUUCAUUAUAAUGUGCCACUUUUCUGUUCUCUGGUUCUAGCUUCUCCUGAUGCAUACCAUACAUGUUUGUGUGAGCCCACUGAAUUUAUGAUUCAUAGCCUUUAAAGCAAGUGGUCAUUCCUUGAAUUAGCCUUGGAAGUUUUGCACCGUAAGUAUUGGGUAUGGUGUCACCUCACACAGCAUCGGGUCUGAAGUAAAUCCAUUUCAAGCUGUUCUUACAUGAUCCAUGUUGUUUCAUUUUGUAUUGUCACAUUGGUGCGGAAAUGAUGUUUUUAUGUUGGCAAAACAUAAAAUUAAACCUUU